UUCGGUUCUCGCGGCGCCAGGCUCGGGAAUCCAAGGAGCGAAGGAGUUUCGGAAGAAGCUCGACCCAGAGACGGGAAAACGAAAGCUAAGGUGGGCUGCUUAAAGACGCGGAAGUCGCUCGCCCGGUGUGGUCCGUCUCCAGGCUGUUCAGGAGAGAAGCCGCUGCCGAACAUCCCGCUUCGUUAGCCACACCAAAAUGGCAGACAACCAUGCUGGCCCACGUGUGUACAUGGCAAAACUUAACGAAUACUGUCAGAAAAAACGUGCACGAUUGGAUUAUAAGGAAGUCGAUGUCAGCGGCCCUGCUCAUGAUCGUGUAUUCACAAUAGCAGUUCUAAUAGAUGCAAGAAAGUAUAGCCCAGGAACUGGCAAAUCUAAGAAAGAGGCAAGAGCCCAUGCAGCACUCUUGGCUUGGGAGAUCAUACAGAAGGAACUGCAGGCAGAAAGAAGUGCUACCCCUACAAGUGAUUCUCUUAAUAAUUCCCAAGGAUCAUCACCAGAGGCAUCUGUGAAGUCUGUUCCAGAGACUGUGGAUCUUGCUGUCAACAAAUCAGAUAGUAUAAUUUUUCAAACCUCUGGUGUAUAUACAAAUGACACAGAUUUGGAGUCAGAUUGUAAGAGUGCUGCUGACAAACUUGCUAAUCAAUUUGGUGCCAUUCAACUAAUUGAAGCUUCUCCAUCCUCUCUGGCAAACCCCAAAGGUCCUGCUGUGAAAUCUAAAAGAAAAGAGACACAAUUGGCACCGAAAUUUUCAACGCUGAAUCCAAAGGAAAGAGAAUUCACCAUCAAUCAAAAGUUUCUUGAAGAUUUUGAAGACAUACAGCGCAUUAGUUCUGGUGGAUAUGGAACAGUUUUCAAGGCAAAGCAAGCUAUUGAUAAUAGAUUAUGUGCUGUCAAACGAGUCAAGCUUAUUGCUGGAGAAGAAGAAACAAAAAUUGAAGUACAAGUCUUAGCAAAACUUGAUCAUGAAAACAUUGUUCGAUAUUUCAAUUGUUGGAUCGGGAAAGACCAUCUCCCAUCAGAGGACAGCAUAAGUGAUAACAGGUUAAUGGAAGCUGACUGCCUCUUUAUAAUGAUGGAAUAUUGUGAGAAGGGAACACUAGAAAAUUGGAUUCGUACAGAAAGUGAAAAAGAAAGCUAUAAAGAAGAUGUCAAAAUUAAAUUCCAGCAAAUAGUGAAAGGGGUGAAGUAUAUUCAUUCCAAAGACUUAAUUCAUAGAGAUCUCAAGCCUAUAAAUAUAUUCAUAUCUAGAGACAAUAAAAUAAAAAUAGGUGAUUUUGGACUGGUAACAUCAGGUGUAGAUGACCUUUCAGUACAGCGGACGCAAAACAGGGGAACAGUAUCAUACAUGGCCCCCGAACAGGUGGGGAGCCAUUAUGGAAUGGAAGUGGAUAUUUUCCCAUUAGGAUUAAUUUUAUUUGAAAUGCUUUGUGCAUUUGAGACUUGUCAUGAAAGACUGAAGGUGUUGAAGAACAUAAGACAAGGCAAAUUUCCCGAAACAUUUGUCAAGAAAUUUCCGGAAGAGAAAUUCCUAAUUAAGAAACUGCUUUCAAAUGUGCCAUCUCAAAGACCAUCAGCAACAGAUAUUUUGUUCCUUUUAAAGAACUCAAAAUACACCCCACAUACUUGUUAGAUAUCUGGCAAAGCAAAAGUGCAAUAUUUUGGUCCAGAGUUGAUUGUUCCUUUUUGUUGGUGGUAAUGUCUAAAAUCUUAUCUGAAUCAAACUGUGGCACACAGCCACACAAAUUGCUUGGGCCAUUUCAAUCUGAAGGAAUUCACUAAUAUGCAAAAAACCUUGCGGUAUGACCAGCUGGAGUGUGGGAGUCUGAUCUUCCCCUCCUCCGGUGCGAUCAGCUUGAGUGUGGGAGUCUGAUCGCGCCAGAAGAGGAGAUCAUAUGUAGCGCACUACAGCUGAUCUUCCCCUCCUCCUACGAGAUAAGCUGGAGCGCGGGGAGCUCCAGCCCCCCUCCAGCUGAUUGCCCCGCUGGCGCCAUAUUAGCAGAACGCCAAAAAGCAGGGCGCCGAGAAGCAGGGCCCUACUAUACAGUAAUUAUAGUGUCAGUUUUGUAGGGUAAAUGUGGUAAGUAGAGUGAGUGAGAGGAGUUGUGAUUGGCUGAGCAUCUGGGUGAUUGAAGGUAUAAAUGAGAGAAUGACAGUUGGAGAGGGGGUUGGUUAAUUGGUCGUUGGUUCUGGGUUUUGGAGGGGAGGAUUUCUGUUUAGGCGGGUAGUGAAGCAAGUUUUAGGACUAAAAUAUAUAAAGAGAAAACUAUUAUAUGUAACAACAUACAUGUUAACUGAACUUAAAGUAAUGUUGUUUAUUCCUUGUGUUAAUAAAUAA